UUUUAAUUUCAGGUAAUGAAAGCCUUUCUAUUGGAAUAGACUCUCCCCCGGACUCGCUCUCACAGGAUAGGAAUUAUCCUUACCUCUCACGCAGCCUCGCAUAUCCGCGGCUCGACUGAGAGAGCCGGAGAGUGAGCAGCAACGACGCAAGGACAUUCCCCCUUCGGACGGAGCCGUGUCGCGCAAGCAGUCAGUCAGCAGUUGCCAUCGGGCAGAGUUCUGAACCGGUUGUCGGUUGUCGUGCGUGUGCGUCAUACAAGAACGGAAACGGGGUCACAAGUCGCGAGUCUGGAGUCUCGAAGUGUCCCGAACGGGUGGAGAUAAUACAAUUAGCGAAGAGAAGAAGACAGGGGGGUUUAGGUCCGACCGGUCGACUUUUCGCGUGCGAAUUCGGGGAAGGGCUUUGAGUGAUUCCCGUUACGUGGGGUGCGAUCGAAUUGGGUUCGAUCGGGAGAAGAAUAUCAGCAUCGGGCAUUGCUGCAGAAGAAGUUGGUAGAAGAAAAUAAUUAAAUAUUCCGCCUGUGCCCAAGUGAGCGAGUGUUUGUGCUGAGGCAGAUAGAUAUACCGAAGGAAAACCGGUGAAUACGAGACGGAGUGCUGGGCUGUGUGGAUGGUGCUGCUGAUGCUUUGUCGAGUAGACGAGUGCGGUGCUUGUGUCUAUGUUUCUUUCUGUGCCAGCCAGCUCCGUUCCGGUCCCGUCGUCGUACAGGGAGAGAGUGGUGUGAGGGAGGGUGAUUAAGUGGAAUGAGUGAGCCUCCUCUUUCGGGUUCGCGCGGUGUUUCUAGUCUUCUCUGCUUCUUCGCAUAGGCAGGCAUAAGCAGACGACGACGACGGCCUCCGUCCAAUGCUUUGUGUGUUCUUCGAAACCUGGAAUUAUUCUGUACAACACCCUGCUUCAGGUCUGCCCGUCUAAGCUCGCUGGAUCCAGAGUUUGUGUGCCGGUGUGUGAGUGCGUCUCGAACCCCUCGCCCUCGGGUUGACCGACGACGACGACGACCGUAGUUGUGUGUAGGGUGAUGCAGAUGCCAGUUUAGAAGAAACAGACAUGUGAUAAAUGAGAACACAGCGGUGUUCAGCGAAGAAUCCCAAGAAGAGCUCUCGAGUACCAAGUGGCGCAAGAAGAAUGUGAAAAAAUGACGAAAAUCCUCAACGAAACUCGACCGAGAUGUGCUUAGACAGUGUUUCGGGCCGUUUUUGUUCUAGUUUGGGAUAAUUUCCAUCAUUUCGGGGGUGAAAAUCGAUAAUCCUCUUCUCGAGAGGUGGAAGUUCUGUGAAUUCGUAAAAACAUCAGCACUGAAAGUGUGAACAGUGCAUCAGUUUAAUCGCAUCUUAAUCACAGUUAAUCCCGAAGUGCACGUACGUGCAAAGGCGUGCACGUUCCACCAUGUUCGCCGAAGGGACAUUGCACAAGAAAUACAGGAUCUCCUUAUCGUUGACCCGCGCCGUAGAAUCCAACCAUGAUCGGUGUAGCACCCAUAACAGUCUAUUAACCAAUCGGCAACAGCCACAGCCGCCAACGCAACCAGAAGAACAUGACUGCAGCAGUAGCCUUAGUAGUAGGAUCCCUAGUGAUAUCGACGACAGCUGUCUACGGUUACGGCCGAACCUGCUGGAUUGCUCCUGCGGCGUCCACUGCAACCACAACGACAUGCUGCCCAGCUGCCGAACCCCCAGUAGUAGUAGUCACCCCAACCCCAGUAGCCGUACCCGCAAAUCUGGCCGGCGGAGACAACGCCGACCGGACACAGUCAAGAAGGUCCGAGUGAGAAGCCCCUCGCCAUUCCAUCGAUCCUUCAACAUCCGGCGAUCAACCACCUCCCUAGCAUUACUUCUAACAACCACCCUGCUCCUAGUACUGCUCCACCCAACCCGGAUAGGCGGGGUCCUGCUGGACCCCAACGGAGACGGUACCGGGCCGGCCGGAGGACCAGUUCAAGUUUUCGGCGGCGGGGACGGGUUCGGCAGUCUCAACCUGGAGAAAAGCAUAGCGGCGGUGUUUAGCCGCGUCGCGUACGGCUCAACGACAACGACCAAGCGAAGCAUACCGGACAACGUGUACGUGCCCAGUCUGACGACCGUUUCGACGCCCCUGCUGACGACGUUUAGGUACCGAGAAAAGGACAAGGACCCGCUCGGCUUAGGCGGAAUCGGUGGCGGCGGUGGCAGCGGAAGUGGAGCCGGUGGACUGCUGGGAAGUGAGGGAUUCGGGCCGGUCGGCGUGGGAGGCGGCAUCGGCCCUGGUCUGGGCCGAGAUCCACACUACAACCAGCAGCAGAUCAGUGCCAACCAUCGGAACUACGAACUGGAUCUGGAGCGGGACCAUGUGCUGCCCACGUCCGCACCGAAUGCGGAGAUCCUCAAGAGCAACAGCAACCCGACGUAUCCGAAUCCGAAUCGGCAUCACGGACACGACCGGCAUCGGCACUCCAACUCGACGCCGUAUCCACAUG